GCUGCUGCUAAGAAAGCCUUCAUCACAGAGAUGCCCUCGUCCUCAGGCCUGCCUGGUCAGGGAAAGAAGAUUGGUCACAGAGGAGUGGAUGCAUCAGGAGAAACUACUUACAAGAAGACCACAUCCUCAGCCUUGAAAGGUGCCAUCCAGCUGGGCAUCGGUUACACAGUGGGCAACCUGAGCUCCAAGCCCGAGAGAGAUGUGUUGAUGCAGGACUUCUACGUGGUGGAGAGCAUCUUUUUCCCCAGUGAAGGCAGCAACCUCACUCCAGCCCACCAUUUCCCAGACUUCCGCUUCAAAACAUAUGCUCCUGUGGCCUUCCGCUACUUCAGAGAACUGUUUGGCAUCAGGCCAGAUGACUACCUGUACUCCCUGUGUAACGAGCCCCUAAUCGAGCUGUCCAAUCCUGGAGCCAGUGGUUCAGUCUUCUAUCUCACAAAGGACGAUGAGUUCAUCAUCAAGACUGUGAUGCACAAGGAAGCUGAGUUCUUACAGAAACUGCUGCCUGGAUACUACAUGAACUUGAAUCAAAACCCUCGCACUUUGCUGCCCAAGUUUUUCGGUCUCUACUGUGUCCAGUCGGGCGGGAAAAACAUCCGUGUGGUUGUGAUGAACAACGUCCUGCCCCGUGUGGUUCGCAUGCACCUCAAAUAUGACCUGAAGGGCUCCACCUACAAGAGGCGAGCAUCCAAGAAGGAGAGGGAGAAGGCCAGGCCCACUUUCAAAGACCUGGACUUCAUGCAGGACUUGCAGGACGGACUGAUGCUGGACCAGGACACAUACAACGCGCUCGUGAAGACACUACAGAGAGACUGCCUGGUGCUGGAGAGCUUCAAGAUCAUGGACUACAGCCUGCUGCUCGGCGUUCACAACAUGGACCAGGCGGAGAGGGAGAGGCAGAUGGAGGGCUCCCAGGGCGGCAGUGAUGAGAAGAGGCCCGUGGCCCAGCAGAAGGCCCUGUACUCCACAGCCAUGGAGUCCAUCCAGGGAGGAGCAGCCUGCGGAGGGUCCAUCGACACUGAUGACACGAUGGGCGGUAUCCCAGCUGUCAAUGGAAAGGGAGAGCGACUUCUUCUUUACAUCGGGAUCAUCGACAUCCUGCAGUCCUACAGGCUAAUCAAGAAACUGGAGCACUCGUGGAAAGCUUUGGUUCACGACGGGGACACUGUGUCGGUCCACCGGCCCGGCUUCUAUGCAGAUAGGUUCUUCAAGUUCAUGAGCAGCACGGUUUUCAAGAAAAGUUCCUCUCUGAAGUCUUCUCCAUCUAAGAAGGGUCGAGUGUCAUUGAUGGUGCCUAAGUGCGCUGGUCCUGGUGCAGCCUGGUCAGCCAGCCAGCUGCCCUCUGAGAGGGAUGAGAACAUCUACGACCUGAGAGGAGCUCGCAGCUUCCCAACGCUGGAGGACGAGGGUCGACCAGAUCUUCUUCCAUGCACUCCUCCAUCAUUUGAAGAAGCCACCACAGCAUCAAUCGCCACCACUCUGUCCUCGUCCACCUCUUUGUCCAUCCCUGAGAGAUCCCCAUCUGACACAGCAGAGCACCCCCGCUACAGGCGACACACCCAGUCUCUCAGCCAUGAUGGGAGAACCCAGGAGGAGCUGCGUGUGCGUGAGGAGGAUCAGCAGACCAUCACAGUGGAGGUGGAGUUGAAGAGACACGACAGUGAACCCACCAUCUCUCUUCCACAGCUUUCACCUCAACCCAGUGAGGUUCAGGAAGUAGCCGGCGCCGAGGCUCCUGAUGCAGUUGAGCCUUCCACCUGUUCGUCGGUACCUGAAUCUGCCCCAUCGUCUGCCCCAGCUUCUUCCUCCUCUCCUGGGGCAGCCGGCGCAUCCAGUCCCAAGUUGGUGGAAGCGGAUCGGGCGAGUCAGGUGUCAGGCUCAGGCUGCACCAGCCAGGCUUCAGUCGACGAUGACGAUGAUGUGCCAAUCACAGAUAUCUACUUUCCUCCAGAGGACAGGACCUGGGUGUACUCUCCGCUACACUAUGGCUCAGAGUCUAAGGCCCUGCCAGAUGGGGAUUGGGAAAGAGAGACAUAAACCCUGUUCUCUGGCAGAGAGGAGUGGACGUCUUGGUGGAGGGGACUCUUUGGUCUGAAGUCCAGACCUCAGCGGUAGCAGCAGGAUCUUUGUCCCACCCAGGAUUUUUAACAUGCAUACAGAACACGAACACACCAAGAGAAAACAGUGACUGAAUACCAGAGGGGGAGAAGAUCCUGACAGCAAUGAAACCCCUGCCUUUCACCCUUAACAAAUGAAAAUGAUAUCACUUUAAUGAAUAUGUGUUUGUGCGACAUAGUGCAUAUAAGGCUGUAGUCUUAUAUGUUUGAUAUACAUGGAAGACAGUUGUACUGUGUGUUAUGUUCAACACUAGCACAGCCCUCCAACAGCUUCUAAACAGGCUUCUCCACUCACUCCAAAGAGCAGCACACUGAGUUGUGAUGUGAGAAGAGCUCAUGUUGUUGCCUUUGAUUUUCAUUAUUUAAACUUUGUUUCUGAGAGAUCAUGUUUUUUUACAUAAAUGAAACCAGAUAAAUACAACACAACAUGAAAAAUCCACAUGGCAAAGAGCUGUGACAACUUCAAAUUACUUGUUGUUGCAUUCCCAACCCUGUCCAGACCUGGUAUCAAGAGUUUACAGAUGUGUCUGUGUAUAUAUGUCUGUGUCUGUCCGAGUGUGAGCGAGAGCGAGCAGCAUCAGGAUCGGCUAAAUGACAAAAAAAUAGAAAUCAUUAUUUUGUGGUCAGUGCUGAUAUUGUGGCCGCAAACAAAUCAGCAUAUGGGACCUGCGAAGUGUAAAAAUAUGAUUCAUUGUGAAACUGUUGCGGAUGUCAGCUGAGUUAGAGGUCCUCCAGGACGGAUUUGAGUUCUCACAGAGAAAAGAAUGUGGUCUGAGUGGUUGGAUCUCAAGAUGCACUGAGGACACAUUUGGGUGCAUCCACACAUGGAUUUAGCGCUUGACAUUUGUGAUGAAAUCACUUGGGACAGAGGUUGAUACCAGGUCUAACCAGGGUCAUAGUUUCUGAAUGAAUCCAGAAUCUGAAAAUUCCUAAUUUUAUAAUGGGGCUCUGAGAUCUGUUUCAUUGACCCCAUGAUCAUUAGCUCUCCGCUGCCGUUAGCGGUGCAUGUACGAUUUCUAUUAGCUCAGUGAUAAGAUGUGAAGUUUCCAAAAUGUACACAUCUAACAUCUUAUUUUAACAUUUGCUGGUUGUAUCAUUAAUCUAACAUUUACUAAGACAGUUGUUUAAUCCAGGACAUCUAAGCAGUAGAAGUGCUCAUCAUUAUUGUCAGUGAAGACAAUGUGGGGCUAAGACUUCCUGUGGCGGCUCCUACCACCUCACAACUCCACUAACGCCCACAUGUACGAGACGUUUGACCGUUCAGGAGGAGCCAUGGUGCUGCAGAUUUCACGCUGUGGUGAGGAGAGAGUGGUCAAACCUGCAGUGUUGGAGGUCUGUGCCUGUGAUCAUAGAACCGGAGUUAGAAUGAUACCAUGGUUAGACCAAUCAAAAGAGACCAUCUAGACGUAGUACGUCAUCCUCACAUUUCCAGUAGUGAAAAUAAGCAGCUUAGUUAAUAGAAGAGAUAUUUGAAACACUUGAUUUCCUUUAGUGACUAUACGUGAUAAGACGUUUUUUAAUUCAUAAUCAUUUAUAAAUGAUAUCAAGUUUUUGCAACAUUUUUUAUUUCUGAUAAUUCAGCUGUUAUUACUAUUGUGAAGUUUUAUUUGUUUAUCUGUCCGUGUUUUAUUAUUUUCUUUUAAUCUAAACUGUUACUUUUUACUUUAUAACACUUUUUAGAAAUGUUUUUUUGAAUUUGCAUCCAAAGAAGUUACCUUUCAGUUUUUACAAUCUGUUCACUGCAGCUUUUCACAAGUAGUUUGUUUUAACAUCACGUUUUGUUGUGUGAAUUCAGUGUUAAUACUUUCUUCACUGCAUCUCUUGUGGAAACAGCUGAGGCUUAUGACUAUUUCCUUCAUAAGAUGGAGUUCACUACAACGCUGAGGCAGCAGACUUUUCAGUCAUCACAGUGAUGAUCACAUCAUUACAGUGUCUUCCAGUGUUGCCCUAUAUUUGGAUCAGAUGCACACAAAAAAAUACGUCUUCAUUUAAACUCAAAAAUGACUGAGGGCAAAGCCAACGUUUGUGAGAGUAGAGUUUCACUCUUCUUUUGUAGAUGGAAGAAUUAUCAGUAGAUGAGUGGCAUUUGCCGUAUCCGAUCGCGUCACCUCCUCACAACGACAAAGCCACUGACUGGGCCAUUUCUGAUGUUUGUAGACAUAGAGCAGCAGUUGUCGUAUUUGCCGUCAAUAUCGUAGCUGUUAUCUGUAUAUUCCAACAAACGUGGUGCGUUGCAGUGAUGAUAUGUUGAGACGCAGCGGUUUGUUAAAAAAAAAAGGAAAAAAAAGGGUGAAUGUUGUUUGCACUUCUUUAGAGGACCUGAAAAUGAACUAGUGAUAGAGGCCAAAUAAACAUUACAUCACAAUAUCACACUCUUUCAGUUGUUCGAUAGAGUCUCUGCUCACAAAGCCUGGUGUUCAGACAGCGUUUAUUUUAUUAACUGUGUGUGUGAUGGUGAAUCACAGUCAUUGUAGGGUUGGUGUUUACUGUAGUCUCUCUGUGGCUGACGUCUCUCAACUACGUUAAACUGAUUUAUUUAUUGUAACUUCAGAAGGUGUGUUUUUCCGUUCCUCUGUGUGUUUGUGUGUAAAGGAGGACACAUCCAUGUCAGACAUUGUAAAAAGAGAAAUCAGCUCAUUCUCAUGAUGUGCAGUAGCCAGUUGUGAUCACUUUGCUGUUGUUCAACAGAUGGAAACCAUAGCAGCAAUAUUUUGUACAGUUUUGCUUUUCAGUUCAUUUUGAUUGCCUUAUUGAGAGAUCUUACUAGUAGGCCUAUCGUUUGUAUUUUUUUUUUUUCACGUGCUGUUGUAUUUAUUUGCUUUCUCAUAGUUGUGCUCCUGAGAAUGUGUACAUAAAAUUAUAAAUACAUAUAUAAAGAUAUACAAAUAUAUUUUCCAUUUGAAUCGGAGAAUAUUAUUUUUAUUUGGUUUUAUUUUUGCUGCUGGGCAAGAGACGAUUGCAAUCUACAUGAUUUACUGUAACAUAUCUCAGUGUGUUUAUCGAGACGCAGCUGCUGUAUAUUUAUGGUAUAUAAACCACAGCUGUUUCUUUUUAAGAUAUCCAAACAUGGAAACGAUUUGUGGGUUUUUCUGUACAUGCAAAUCAAUAGGGAUUCUUCCAACUGUUCAGCUGUGUUGUGUACGUGUUUUCAAUUCGCGGUGUGCCCUCAUCCAAUAGGGAGAUACCAUUGCAGAGACAUAGCAUGAUUUCAAAAUGAAUAUGCAUAUCAGAAGUGUGUAUUUAUGUAUAUCUGUGUAUAUUCAUCUAUUUAUACCUGAGGAUAAAUAGAUGGCUGUAUGUGUGUGUGUUUGGACUCAUUCAGAAUGAAUACAAAAUAAAGCAGUUCUAUGAAUUGUUGUCCAUGGA